ACAACUUCCUGUACCUUUCUCCGCGUUUGAAGAAAGACAAAUCAAACACCGAGGUUUAUAAUAUUUUUAGAUGCCGAAACUUUUUAAUUGAAAAAAAGUCAAAAAGCUCAUUUUGGUUAUUACAUAUCCGGAAUUAAUAUAAUGAUUCAUCAGUUUAAUAAUUUGAACUAUAAUAGUCCAUGAUAGGAAAGAAAACAACAUGUUGUUUCAUGAGUAAUUGAACUGAUACAAAUUUCAAGCGACCUGGGCAGUGACAAGGUUAAAACUGUUUCCCUGUUUGAAAACAUGUGGCAUAGGUAGAAUUAAAAAUGCACAUAUUAAACACCGUAAUUGGGGGAAAUGACAGGAGAUUUGAUGAUUGUUUGAUAUUUGCUUGCCUACCCGCCCCCAUACUAUACACACAUAUCCAUAGCUUUUAGAGGAGAGAGAAAAGAAAAGGGAGGUAGACACAAAAUGUUGGAGUAACUCAGCGGGACAGGCAGCAUCUCUCGAGAGAAUGAAUGGGUGGACGUUUCGGGUCGAGCCGCUGGGUUACUCCAGUAUUUUGUGUCUACCUUCGAUUAAACCAGCAUCUGAAGUUCUUUCCUACACCAAGACAAGGGAGCGUUAUAUCACCAAGGAAGAUAGCCUCACAUGCUGUAGAAGAUCAAAACGCGCUCAUACUGUUAAAGUUCGGGCGGAUUAGUCUCAUUUAAUGUACCCAGGGGUUGCUUUGCGCCAAGGAGACGCGUGGAUCUUCCUGGAUUGCGCUGUGGCUGUCUCUCCUAUUGGCCGCGCAGCUCCCGGAAGUACCUUGGGUUGCUCCACGUCUGUCAGAUUCACCCGGGCUGAGUCAACAGUGGCCACCAGGCGAGACUCACCUGUUGCUUGCUGCUCCCCACCGGAGAUCACUAAUGUCCAAUUCGAAGAAGUAAAAUAUACAGAUGGAAGAUGCAAAGCUAUUGGAUUUAGGAUGGUGACCAGAUUGCGUGCCAUGGCGACUUGCAGGAGAAUUAGGUCAUUUCACUGGCUGCUCUGCCUCGGGUGGCUAUUCGUGAUGGUACCAGCACCUUCCUACAGUGCAAAUACCACACAAACUACAUCUGUUUUGAAAUUAUCAGAAGAUAGAGCGGUCAAAGAUUUCAUUCGAUUCAUUAAUGCAACUGAUGUGGUAGAGGCCAAGUAUAAACUCUCUAUUGAAUAUUUAUGUUCUGAACCGAGUACUGUUGGUGUUGAGGUGUUAGUUUCGACUGAUGUCAAAAUUGGCGUCACUGUUUACAGGAAAAAAUGGAAAUGUAAGAAACGUCUUAAUACCUUCAGCAAUCGGACACUGUGGGUGAAAUUUCCAAACAUCAUGUUAUACAGACCUGAUAAUUUGAUCAAACACUCCAUUGUUAUUAACAAUGUAAUAUUAAGAGCCUGGAUUAUAAAUACCAACCGGGCAGCAUCUGAGAAUCGUGAGGCAACUUUUUAUGAACAAGCAAUUGCUAGAACCUACAAAUUGCUGAAAACAUUCAGUCCUUUUGAAAGGCCUUACAAAGAUCAUAAACACUGCCUUCAGUGGGACACAGAGAAGAUAGAAGCAAUAAAAGAAAAGCAUAUACCCCAAUGCUUGCUUGAAAAUGAUGUUGUGGAGCUGCUUUGUUUUCCAUUUGCGUUAACUGGUUUGAGUUAUGGAAUAACAAAAAGGUUAAAAAAUUUUAAUAACUUAGAAAUGGAACUGACUGGUAAACAACUUCUCAAUAACCCAAGGUUCACAAUAUCAAUCUGGAUUUAUGUCCUCAAAGCAUGCAAACGGCAUCUUUGUGGGAUCCUUCAUCAGAUCAAUGAAAAACAGAAGUAUGGCACCCCAUUGUUGUUUCUAACAUCAAAUGGUAAUAUUCACUUUCAGAUGACGCUAUCCUCUGGAAAAAGCGUUGCAGGAUUAUCGAAUUUCAAAGUGGUAUUGAGGCGAUGGUGUCGACUGGAUCUCACCAUGCAAGGAAGACACAUGACUUUGACUGUCAGCUAUGGAGAAAAACUGCAAGCAAGAGAAAAUGCAGUAUACACCUUUCCUGGAGAUGUCCAUCACAAUGUUUUAGCUGGAUACUUUGUACUUGGAGGCAGCAACUAUGUACAGAGUUUUGAGGGAUUCAUUGGUCCUGUGAAAUUUUACCGUGUCAUGGGUCCAAAAGGAGAAAAGAUUUCGAAUCCUCUUGUAAUUACUCACAAUGUCGACAAACAUAUUGAUCGGUAUUAUCGAAAGUGCAAACAUAUCAAUCUACUCAUCAUCAAGUAUUUAAAGUCCCUUGGAUUACUCAAGACAAUAGAGAAAAGGACUAGAAACAAUGAUUACUAUUUACAGUUGCUGAAUGGGUCAAAAGACGAUGAUGGCAAUAAAUGCCCAGCACGUCCUUGGGGAAAAAGAACAGAGAAACGUUAUAAGGCAUUAUUUGAUUUGCUUCAAACAAUGGCGUCAGACCCCUUAAUAGAUGCCACUCAUUUACCAAAUUUACCUUCCAUACUUAAUAAAGUUGGUGAGAAACUUUACUGGAAGACAAUGGAGAAACUUACUGGUGCAGAUGGUAUCAAGCAGAUUGGACACCAUAUAUCUUCAUUAAUAGAAGCCAGCUGCUGCGGCUAUUAUAAAGCCGCUUACUUGCUGGGAGUCAUUUUUGAGACAGGUCUGGGUGUGGAAGUACAAUCCUCAAAGGGCAUGUUGUACAGUCUGGUUGCAGCACAAGGAAAUGACAGACUUGCCUUACUGCAUCUUGGAUAUAAGCAUGAUCAGGGUAUUGAUGGUUACCCCUUGGACUAUGGUGUGUCAUAUGGUUACUACAUAAACAUUGCCCAACGCACAGUUAAAGAUCGGCAUGAUUUUGAUGUAGAACAGGCUUUUGUUGAACAUGUGAGGCUAAUGGAUGAUUCAGUUUUGCAGCGUCAAACUAAAGAAAAUGAAGACUUCUUUUUAUGGCUUAGAUAUCAAGCAAAACAUGGAGAUGCAUUUGCUCAGCAAAAACUUGCAAGAAUGCUGUACUGGGGCCAGCAGGGCAUAACACGUGAUGUGCAAAGAGCAAUGAAAUGGUAUUCCAGAAGUGCAAUGGAAUUAAAACAUCCCGCAUCAAUGUUUGAGUAUGGACUCUUUCUUAUUAAGGGUCAAGGUGUGAAAAAGAAUACAGAAUUAGGUUUAAGAUUAAUCACUGAAGCAGCUUCCAAGGGAAUCACUGAAGCAAUUAACGCUUUGGGAUGGUAUUAUGAAACCCAUCAAAAGGAUUAUGUGAAAGCGGCAGAAUAUUGGAAAGAAGCUGUGAAAAGGGGCAAUCUCGAUGCCUUUCAUAAUCUCGGGGUGCUUUAUGAGAGUGGAACAUAUCCUGGCAAACCGCAAAAAAAUGUGACGGAAGCAUUUCCAUACUACUAUAAAGCUGGAUUUGGUGGACAUUUGGAAAGUCUAGUUCGUUGUUCCUUCUUUUGGAAUACAGGGAAUUUUGAAUAUAUUCCACACAACCCCAAACAGGCAGUCCUCUGGGCCAGAUAUGUCGCUGAGCAAAAUGGGUUCUUGGGUUAUAACAUGAGAAGAGCUCUGGAUGCCUAUCUUCAGAAUUCUUGGAAUGAAGCUCUUCUGUAUUUCCUCAUCACAGCAGAAACAGGAAUUGAAUUAUCCCAGACAAACGUUGCCUAUCUCUGUGAAGAAAGAACAGAGCUCAAAAACAGCUGUGCUGAUUUUACUUGGAGAUAUUAUAAAUUAUCAACUUUUCAGCAGAAUGUACAUCCUUUCGUUCUCGUGAAAAUGGGUGAUUUCUACUAUUAUGGCCACAAGAGCCAUGAAAAGGACAUCGAACAAUCAAUUGAGAUGUACACCUCUGCUGCAUUAUUGAAUUAUUCUCAAGCAUUUUAUAAUUUGGGCUCACUGGCAGAGGAGGGUCUUCACAUUCCACAGAGUGUUUCAGAUCUCCUGAACCUGAACACAAGAAACCAAUUCACCAACUUCACACUUCAGCAGGAAUUAUAUGAGAGGUGUAUAACAGUUGAUGUUGAAGAGGCUUUUAUCCCAUGCUCAAUAGCUUUGCUUCGUGUUCACUUGAAAACAAUGUGGAUUCAUACCGACACUCCAGUUUUAUUAUAUACUGCAAUCUCAAUGCUCCUGUCCACAUUGAUUUGUUUUGCUAUGAAACGUUACUGGGACUUUACAGCAGUGGCCUCAAGUGUAAAUGUAUAUCCUCCAGAUUUGAACUCUUCCAGUGAAAACAUUCAGGCGGGUGAGGCAUUGUCUGAAGAAGCAUCAUGACCUCAAAGGUGCAACAGAAUCUCUGGAACUGAAUGAGACAAAGCCCAUGGACUAAUUGUGUCAUCGCCAGUCUGAUCGGAACCAUUAUGAAGAAAUUAAUUGAGAGCUUCUUUUUGGAAUAUUUCUACCCUUUGCCGAGUCACAUAGAUAUUUAGCACAGAAUCAUCUUGUCCAUCGAAGUUGACCUACAUUAGCGGUUCUGCUCCACAUAAACCAUUUCCCACUCUACUCCAUUAAACCGAUCAUCACAUUUCUACUAUUCCAUUGUUCCUCAUAUGCCUAAUCAGUUUUCCCUUACAUUAUUUCGUAAUUCACCUCAAAUACUGCAUAUAGGAUCAAAUCCCAUGUUCUUACCAUUCCCUGAAGGGAUAGCUCAAAGGUGAAAAGGGCAACAUUUAAAGUAUAUGUGUCGGGCAGUACUUGGUGAGUACUUGGAACGUGCUGCCGGGGUAGUGAUGGCCCCAGAUACAAUAGUGUCUUUUAAGAAGCUGCAAGAUAGGUACACAGGUAUGCAGGGAAUAUGAAUGUAAAAUGGACAGAAGAGAUUAGUUUAAUUUAGCAUCAUGUUUGCCAUUGUGGGCCGAUGGGCGUUGUUGUGCUGUACUGUUCUAUGUUCUAAUAAGAAUUAUUAUCUUCCCUAUAUUUAUUCUGUUAAACCCCUUCAUAAUCGUGGGAACCUCCAUCAGGAAAUCUUUAGCCUUAAGGGUCCAGUUCUGCAUUUCAUGAUACAUUCCAGAUCCUCAGUUCUAGUAUCCUUGUAAAUCAUUUUAUAGAGAGGAAGACCAGAGCUAAGAUGAAUAUUCCAACUCUGGUCUCGCUAGUCCUAUGCAUUCUUAACACUAUUUCACUAUUUUGUUCUAUUCAUGAAAAAUGUCCCCAGGGCAAUGUUUAUAAGUUUACAGAUUUGUCAUCUGGUAUUUGAAUGUUUUACGAUGGUUUUCCUCUGUCACUUUGUUUAACUUUACCAUCCACACAUAGGCAGUCAAUGGAUGUAAUUUCAAAUCACGUGCUAAGUAUCAGUGGCUAGAAAUCACUGACAUAAAGGCAUAUUCUGUAUCAUAUGAGCCAAUGUAAAUAUUGAUUAAUUUCACACACUUUCAAUUGAGCUACAGUAAGUUAUUUGGUUAAGUGAAAAAAAAGUUAACUAUAAUCUUAAAUGAUGAAAACGCUGAAUAAUAAUAUUUACUUGAAUUACUUGAAUUAAUUACUUUAGGUAAUCAUUGUCAAAAAUCAGAUAUUGUCCAUUAGAUUAAAUACACUUCUCUCAUUAAGAAUAUAAAUAUUGCUCAGUAUAAUAAAUAACAGAGAAACUAUCACUCAUUCCAUAGAUGCUGCCUCUUUGCACAAUUUGCUGCCUCCAGCACCUGCACCAUUUUCCUUUUGUACUGUUAAUUAAAUUGCUUUCCCUGAUAAAUAUAGCAAACAAUGCUUCCAUGUGGCUGAGUUAGCAUUACAUUGUGUAUCAGUCUGAUCGUGCAUGAUUUGGACUUUUAUCAGUCAUUUUUGCCAAUUUUAUGUUGGUGAGGUUGAUCACAAGAUUGUGUUCGGGUUAACGGUAAUCAAUGUAAAGCUCUCUGUAUGUAUGUUUUAGUCAUUGAAAAAUGUAAUGAUUAAAUGUUUUAAUCAUGGAAAACUUCUGCAACUGGAGGGUGGUGCAGGGACAGGGGUUUGCUUGGGUUGUUGCAUGAAAUACUGAUUUGGGAAUAUCUCAUCAUCAUUGUGGUUGUGAAAAAACCCUGGAGCUUCCGACCCAACAGCAUCAUGCAAACAUCUUCACUGGAAGGACAGCAGCUGUUCUGAGGUUGGCUGACCACCAUCUUUUGAAGAACACUUAGGUAUCGGAAGCAAGUGGUGGCCUUGUUAGCGAUGCCCGCACUCUGAGAAAUAAAUACAUUACUAAAACCACUGUCCAUCUCCCAGCAAUGAAGGAGUAAUGACAUUGAGUGAUUGGCAUCUGGAGCCAACUCCUUCGUCAUUUUCGCAGCUGGGGUUCUCAAUCUGAGGGAAUACCUGUGUGGACUUGUUAAAUAUAAAUCAUGUGCAGCCAACAGGCAUUUAAAUCUGUUAAUUUUGUGCUGCCUCUCCACAGAAAAAUGCCACUGAGCGGGCCUGAUGCUCACCAACAGAAAAAAAAAAGUCAUUGCAGGCAGCACAAUGUUUAGUUUAGUUUAAGAUAAAGCAUGGAAACAGGCCCUUCGGCCCACUGAGUCCACGCUGACCAACGAUCCCCGUACAUUAGCACUCGGGACAAUUUAUAAUUUUACCAAAACCAAUUAACCUACAUGACCUACCUGUACGUCUUUGGAGUGUGGGAGGAAACUGGAGCAUCCAGAUAAAACCCAUGUGGUCAUGAGGAGAACUUACAAACUCUGCAGUCAGGAUCAAACCCGGGUCACUGGAACUGCACGAAGACGACUCUAACGCUGUGCCACCCUAACGUGCAGAGGCUCGUCCUAGGACUUAAAUUUAAUGACAAUCCAUCGUGUCCUGAGGGAUGAGAGAUUGUUAAGUCCCUUUGAGCUUAAAUGGCAGCAUUACUCGAGAGUGAGCUUAUUUCCUUUCCAUGUCCAAGUUACAAAUUACUGGUAGGAGAACUGGGAAGAGAACCAGUCCACCCCCUUCCCAGUUCGAUCAUUCUUAUGCCCCUGUCCCACUUAGGAAACCUGAACAGAAACCUCUGGAGACCUUGUGCCCCACCCAAGGUUUCCGUGAGGUUCCCGGAGGUUUUGGUCACUCUCCCUAAUGGUCGAAAAUGGUUUCCGCGUAGUCAUGGCUUCUUCUAUGUUCAUGCGAUUACUUCAACAAAACCAAAACCGCCUCAACUAAACUUAGGUUGCCGUUUGGUCGAAGCCAGUGGAGUGGGGUUGCUAUUUACUUACAGGCAGUCGAAGGCAAUCUCCUUCACUGA